AGGGGCCAUUACCUUCCUGCUUGCCAGUCAGGCCAGCGGGGAGGGCAAGCCUGUGGAGCUGGGAGAGAGUUUGGAAGCCAAAAGCUGCAGGUGACUCAGGUGCCUGCGGGAGUUUCGGGAGAAGGAGGCAUUCAUCCCAGAACUGAAUCUAGAGCCCUUAACCCUCUAAGAACCUAGGAAUCCACGCAGCCCGGACUAUUUCAUUCAACUGUCCCCGGAACACAGGUAAGAAGGGGUUAGGGAGUAAAAACCCUUAUCACAGAGUGAAAGACUGGAUGGGGUACAAAGAUGGCCAGUUUCUGGCAUCCUGUCCCAGUUCGGGUCUUCCAGUCGGCAGGUCCAUGGCUGGCAGGCCUGUGCCCCCCGGACGCCAGGAGGAGGAAACUACCAAAGACCCUGGGCUGAAACUAUCACCGGUGAGGCCUCCAGGCCACCUGCCCAGUAUUGAUGAGGCCCGACUAGCAGGUCUGGGCCCGUCCUCCCGCCGUGGCUCGGUGCUGGGCCCAGCCUCCUCCUUCUCACGUCGCAACUCGCUGGCAGGACCCCUAGCAGGUCCUGGGGGUCGGCGACCAUCUCUGGGCCCAGUGCCUCCUCUGGGCUCAAGGGUUAGCUUCUCGGGGUUGCCCCUGGCCCCCCUCCGUCGGCUGGCGCCCUCCUACCGCAUGGAGCCCGCGCCCGGGGAGCGCUGGGAGGCCAGCCGCAUGCAGCACUCGAUGGAAGUUACGCUGGCCGCCCGGCUGGGCAACGCGCACUACGUGGGUGCUGAGGCAGGGCCUCUGGCUCGUGAGCUAUGCGAGCUGGUGCGUGUGCGCCUGCGUGAACUCUGCCCCCCGCGCUACAAGCUCGUGUGCAACGUGGUGCUAGGGCCCCGCGCCGGCCAGGGUGUGCACGUCGUCAGCCGUGCGCUCUGGGACACCGAGCACGAUGGGCUGGCCUCCGCCGCCUUCACCAAUGCCUCCCUCUUCGCCGUGGCUAUAGUGCACGGGCUCUACUGUGAGUGA